GUGGCUCUCAGCGGGCUCCGGCCAUGGCACUCGCUCGCUCACAGCCUCAGCGUUGCUGCCGCCGCCCCCCGCCCGCCCACUGGAGCCGGCCGCCGGGACGCGCCGCCUCAUUGGCGCCCGCCGCCGCCGCCGGGACAGCCGGGAAAAGGGAGAGCGGCCCGACGACGACGAGGAGGAGGAGGAGGAGAAGCAGAAGGAGAAGGAGGAAAAGAAGGGGGCGGCGACGGGAGAGCGGUGGCGGAGAGCGGCACCGCCAUCGCCCUCCUCGUCCCGCGGCGGGCAGGGGGGAGGCGGACGAGCGGCGGCCGGCGCCGCCAGAGCGAGGCCCGGCGGCUGAGGUUGAAGCACAGAUCCGGACACAAAUCAGUUCAGCCCUAGUCAGUCCUGUGUGGCGGUUCUUCACAGCUCAGAUCCUCCUGCUUUCUGCAAUGGACGCGCAGAGGGACGUACCUUCUAUUCCUGAUCCAUCCAAAGCUGCAGGAGGACUGGUAACAGCUUCCCCAUGUAUGGCCUUGGUAAUCAAGCCUAAAGGUCCUUUGUACAGUACGUCUGCCAGAACUUUUAAGUGUUUAUUUUAUCCCAGUGAUUAAGUGGUUUUUGGAGAUCUGUCAUAUUCUUUGAAUGACUUAAUGACUUACAGUGAUUUCUCCUUAACACUCAGAGCCAGUCCCUGCUCAGGAUGCUGUCAGAAUCAUCAGGAACUGGUGCAUGUUUUCUCUACCUCAGCUAAUGUUCAGCCAACAUAUACCACAGGGUAUGUCUUAGCCUGAUAUUCUUGCAGCAACACAACGCUGAUGUGGUCUGUACCAACACCCAUCCUGGAAGCAAGGGCGCUUCAGUGCCUGGGUGAAUUAGCAGCAAUGCCAGCUUGAGAUUCAACCCCUGUGUGCAUGUAUGUAUUUAAUCAUGGACCCAUUCCCAUUACGGUUAUUUUUACUAAAAAAUCAACAAGUGAGCUACUGUGGCUUAAUGUCCAGGCAAGUAGUCUCUAUUUAAGUCUUAAAACGAUCAUGAGGCUGCUUUGUCCCUAGGGAGAGGCAGUUUGGGGGAACAGUCUUCACCUUUUCUCCAUUAAAACUUCUCCACUGAAUGGCAGGCUUGCUCUGAGCUGCCUGUGACCACUCUCCACUGACUGUAUUAAGUAUCUAAGGAAAAGAUAAAGCUUUUUGAAGACCACUUUGCAUUCUUCUAGACCCUGUAUACUAACUUUUUUUUUUUUUUGCAUGGAAGAUCUGUCUGUUCUGCUGUGUUCUGUGGCCCUAAGAAUUAUGCCAUUUGCUUAGGAAUGUUUAUGUCCAGUUUAAUUCUGAAGAAUUAUGAAAUUCCUGAUGUUUUUCCUCUAAAAAUACUGUUUACCAAAAUGGCUGAGUGCAAGCUAAUCUAGCAUUAGCUACCCUUGUAUACCUUCAUCACCAAGAACUUCUCUGAUGUGUGGUACUCAGGGGAUAUUCUCUUCCAUCAUGCCAACACAAAAAGUUUCCAGUGGCUAUAAAAUGCCUACUUUCAUUAAGAAUCCAGUAGACUGGCCACACUCCCAAACCCAUCAUGUCUUUUCUAUUUACAAAAUCAAAGUCAUUUAUACUUCCAAUUACCUUUGCAAUUCAUGGUGUUUUUUUUAACAAACUGACCCGUUAGGCCCAUUUUCAUUGUGCUUUAAGGUAUUUUAUACCUUUGCAUCGUAUCGCGUUAUCAUUAGCUAUCUCAUCCUUCAAUUCACUGUUUGAUCAUUUCAGAGCAACCCAGGAGGCAGGAACUGUGAAACCAGAGACUUUAAAGGUUUCUCACCGGAGUUGUGAUCACGGUGAUGGUGUUUCUGAUACAACUCCCAGUAAUGGCAACAUCCUCUCGGAGCAGUUUUUCUGUGGUUAAACAGAGUACACUGUUGGUCAAAAUGUGUAACUAGUUUGAGUAAGAUGAGACUCCAUUCAGUCUGCCUUCCCGUGUUUCCUUGAACAGAGACUCCCUAGGUGGUUACAUCCAUUUUCCCACUAAUGGGACUAAGUGCCAUUGACUGCUGUACACAGCCAGAGAAUUUCUUGAGAGGAUGUUUUGUUUUUUUAAAAAAAGAUUGUGCUCAGAAAAAUCAAUAUUAUGGAAAAAAACAACCUGUCUGUCAGCACUUUCCACUACAUGGAGCAGAGCUUCCAUUUGCUUUAUCCUACCACAUACCCUGGCCACAGAAAGAUAGUACUGACAUUGGGUGGACUACCUGCAUUCACUGCACUCUGCCAAGAAUUUCUUACAUUUUAUUAAUCGCAAUAUUCCAGUUCUUCUUUUGUUUUUUUAAUCUAGAAAAAAAGAUUUCAGGACUGCUUGUACUGACUUGCAAGUACUUUUAAAUAAACUGUGAACUGCAAAGUUGAA